AUUGGAUUAAUCCUCUUGGCUCCAACCAAACACCGCCCAAGUGGUUGCAAUCGCAGAUUCGCCAUUGCCAAGGACCUCAGUAUCUUUCUAAGUUCUGAACGUGCAACUCCAAUUCAGGAAUCGCGCUCGUGAUUUCCAUCGUAAUUUGGGGUUUCACUGCGCUCAAUCUUCAUCUUGAUCUGGCGGCGAGAGGGAGGUUUUAUAAUUUCAGGAUCCUAAUCUACGCUUUUCAGGCGAUACCUAAAAUCCACAUACAUUCCGGGCCCGGAACCGAAAAUGGGAGUAGACGAUGAGCUUUUGGACAGCAAGGCAAAGAGAAUGAGAGAUUUGCUGUCGAGUUUCUACUCUCUCGACCCGUCUUCUACUUCUGCACCUCCCUAUGGUUCCUCCAGAUUCGCCACAUUGGAUACCAUUAACACUGCCUCCUUUGACGCUGAUCAGUACAUGAACUUGCUGGUCCAAAAGUCCAAUAUGGAGGGAUUGCUGCAGAGGCAUGUUGAAAUGGCUGCUGAGAUUAAAAAUUUAGAUACUGACCUGCAGAUGUUAGUGUAUGAGAAUUACAACAAGUUCAUAAGUGCAACAGAUACAAUUAAAAGGAUGAAUAGCAACAUUGUUGGCAUGGAAACAAAUAUGGAACAACUUCUUGAGAAGAUAAUGUCUGUGCAAUCUAGAAGUGAUGGGGUUAAUAAUUCUUUGUAUGAAAAGAGAGAACAUAUAGAAAAGUUGCAUCGAACACGCAAUUUUCUUCGUAAAGUGCAGAUUUCAUUUUUUGUGUGUGGACAAGAGCAGUUCAUAUAUGACCUACCCACUACACUAGCAAAGUGUAUCAAAGCAGAAACCUAUGCUGAUGCAGUCAAAUACUAUAUUGGAGCGAUGCCAAUCUUUAAGGCAUAUGGCGAUUCAUCAUUCCAGGAAUGUAAGCGAGCAUCAGAAGAAGCGGUGGCUAUCAUCGUGAAAAACUUGCAGGGCAAGGUAUUCUCAGAUUCUGAGUCCAUACAAGCAAGGGCUCAGGCUGUGAUGCUCCUUAAGCAGUUAAAUUACCCGGUUGAGAAUUUGAAGGUGCAACUUUAUGAAAAGUUGGAACAAUUCCUUGUGGACCUCCAUCUUGAAUCGAAGGAACUAACACAUGGUUCUUUGAAUCAUGAUUUGCCCCCUGAUAAUGAAAAUCCUUCUGAUUCAACAUCUUUUCAUGAGGCUUCUAUACGUGAAUUCGCUGAGGCUAUCCGUGCUUAUCAAGUUAUCUUCCCCGAUUCCGAGCAGCAACUUGUUAGACUUGCGGAAGACUUAGUUAAGAAGCACUUUGAGGCCAUUGAGCAGCAUGUCAAGAAAAAGCUGCAGUCCACAGAUCUAUUAUCAUUGCUGCGGGUUAUUUGGACUGAUGUGCUCAUCAUGGAUAAAGUCCUAGCUGAAGCUGGUCUGAUCAAUUUCUCAUUGGAGGCUGCUCGUGUUUCAAUAAAGCAGUAUGUCGUUAGCAGAUUCAGUCAUCUUCUUCUAGAUAUAGCAGGCGCCCUUGAGAAGCUCCAAGGUAAACAGAAAGGAGUACAUGAAGGUUAUACAUUGCAGGUGGCACUUGAUUCUAGUAAAAAAGCCUUAUCUGAAGGUAGUUCAGAUGUCUUACAGGAUUUCCAACUGCUUCUUGAUGAGGACAUGGAAAUGCUAUUGAAAUUGAGAGAAAUGAUUGUUGACUGGGUACAAGAAGGCUUUCAAGACUUCUUCAGGAAACUUGAGGAUCAAUUCCUCUUUCUUUCUGGAAAGAAGUAUUUUCCUCGACGUGAUCAGAACUCUGGAGUGCAAAUGCAGGGUGAUAAAAUCCUUCCUGGACUUGUUCUUGUGCUCUCCCAACUAUCUGUUUUCAUUGACCGAACUGUCAUCCCUAGAAUUACAGAGGAAAUAGCUACUUCUUUUUCGGGUGGAUCUCGCGGUUAUGAAUAUGGCCCAGCUUUUGUCCCUGCAGAAAUUUGCCGCACCUUCCGAUCAGCAAGUGAAACAUUCUUGAACAUGUAUAUAAAUAUGAGAACUAAAAAAUUAUCAGUUGUAUUGAAAAAGAGGUUUGCGACUCCCAAUUGGAUCAAGCACAAGGAGCCAAGGGAAGUCCAUAUGUUUGUUGAUCUACUCCUUCAAGAGUUGGAUGCAGUAGGAAAUGAAGUAAAUCAGAUAUUACCUGAAGGGCUUCACAGAAAACAUAAACGUACGGAUAGCAAUGGAAGCACUGCAUCUUCACGCAGUAAUAAUCCACUAAGAGAUGAUAGGUUGAGCCGGUCAAACACCCAGAGAGCCAGGAGUCAGCUUUUGGAGACUCAUCUGGCAAAGUUGUUUAAGCAAAAAAUGGAGAUCUUUACUAAAGUUGAACACACACAGGAAUCAGUAAAGACUACAAUAAUCAAACUCUGCUUGAAAAGUUUACAAGAACUUGCCCGGCUUCAGACAUACAACCGCAGUGGGUUUCAGCAAAUUCAGCUGGACUUGCAUUUUCUGAAGACUUCUCUAAAGAAUGCCGCUGAAGAUGAAGCUGCUGUGGACUUUUUACUCGACGAGGUCAUCGUUGCUGCUGCCGAGCGAUGUCUAGAUCCCAUUCCUCUUGAGCCUGCCAUAUUGGACAAACUCGUCCAAACUAAGUUGUCGAAGACUACUACUACUACUACUACCCAAGAGCCAUAGGGUAACUGCUGUAUUGCUCCCCAUGUUCUUUUUUUUUCUGCUUUAAGAUUAGACCCUUGAGUUGGCCAAUAUGUUCCCUUGUUUAUCCUCUUAACCUUUUAGUUGCCGAUUUUAAAAACACACAAGCAACUGCAUUCUUCACUCACUGUCUUAAUACACCAUGUGUGAUUUCAAUUUAGACCUGAAUCCGGAAUUGAAUAUUCGAAACGAGUAACCCAAAACCAAACUUGAAAUAUCCUAAAACCGAAAUCUGCAAUGACACAAACCCAAUGGGAAUUGAUAUCGAAAUCGGAUAGUUCCAGAACAAAUAAUAACCGAAUUCGAGUGGUACUUGAACGGAGUCAUAAAAUGAGAAGUGCGUU